ACUCUGGGAUCAUACCUUGAAGGGGUGUGUCCCUUCUCCCCCGUGUCCGUUUAAUCCUUUCUGGCCAACCUUGCACUCAUCCGUUCAUUCCCUCUUCCCUUCAUCUCAAGACUUCAAUUUCUUCUCUCAAGGUUUUUUUUUUUUUUUUAUAUCGAAGUGAAACAAACAAACCACAAAAUGGGAUACUGGAAUACCGAGAUCAAGAGUCUGUUCUUGUGCUCACUCGUAAUGCUGCAUCUCCCACAACCUUCCUCGAGCUACGAGAUCGAAUGCCUCUCCGUUGACUUCGACUGCCGCGAUAUUUCGAACACCUUAGCGUCCGUCUGCUUGAGACACAACAACCACAUCGACAUUAGACAGCGACGAUCUGCUGACAACUGUACCACACAUUCUGCGAAGUCCCCAUCGCUCGUCCACCCAAGAGCUACCCACUUGUCCAUGGCUGACGAAGAACCUCUGAAGGCAUUGAAGGUGGAGGAGGAGAUUCAACACAUGACGAAACCUCGCAGAGGUUAA